UUGCUGAUUUGUGUUUGUUCAGGCUUGUGCUCUCUGGAAAUAAUCCAAACCAAUAAAAUUCCUUGCAGCGUUUGGGUUCCUGAAGUGAAAAGCACAGUUUCCCAGCAGAUGUUGAUCAACACGAAUUGGCUUCAGUCUGCAGAGCCACGUCUGCAUCGGGUCGGUUCUGGUGGUUCUGAGAGGAAAACUGCCUCCUGGUUCUUUAUCCUGCAGCAGAGAGACGGGUCGGUUCAGGUGGAGAUCCAGAGCUGAGCGGAUGUGAAUCCACCAUGGAUCAGUGUAAAGACAAAGAGACAAAGAGAUUUCCGCUGUUUAAAGACAAACAGAAGAAGACCAAACCGCUCAGUAUAAAAAAGCCUUCGAUAAAGCUGCCGGCUGAUCCGGGCCUGAAGUCCUCCAACCAGAGGUCGACAUGCCUGACCUGGUGCUGGCCCAGCCGCGCUCCAAGACAAGACCGUGUUGAAUCUGAAUGUGUUCUGGAACAGAAACCCGAGACUAAAAGUGAAGCUAAAGAUAAAACCAAAUCUGCUGUCAAGAUGACGAGUCCUAAGAUGAAAAUCAACAAGAUGUCCAAGGAACAGGAGGAGUGCUGGGCCUCCAUUUGUCCACCUGGAGACAAGGACGCUGAAACCAAGGUUUGGCUGAAGGAGUCUUUGGAGAAGCUGGGCGACAGGGAGUUGAAGUACUUCCACAAGUGUCUGCGGACCAUGGACAAGUCCAAGGACGGCUUCAAACCCAUCAAGCAGAUCCGACUGGACAGUGCAGACAGACUGGACACAGUGGAGCUGAUGGUUCAGACGUACCCAAAGAAGAUCAGAGUGGUGACCGAGACAAUCCUGGAGAAAAUCAACACAAACAAAGGAAAUGAGAUUCACAAUCGAGUUCUGGACUCUCUGGACAAUCUGAACGACAAACAGCUGAAGUACUUCCACUGGUUCCUCCAAACGGCAGACGAGUCCAAGGACAGCUUCAACCGAAUCCAGAAGAAAGACCUGGAGGACGCAGACAGGCUGGACACAACGGACCUGAUGGUUCAGACGUACGCCACAAACACCAAGGAGGUCACAGAGAAGAUCCUGAAGAAGAUCAAGAACAACAAAGGCAAAGACAUACCAGGAGCUGAGGAGCAGAUGAAGCCGUCUUCUCCAGCUGAAGCAGAAAAGAAAGAAGUCUCCAAGGUUCUGGAGCAGUUUGUUAAGAAAGCUCCAAAUGAAACCCUGACCCGGCUGUCAGAGGCUCUAGCAGCGGACGGUGUGUUGAAGUCCUCUGAGAAGCAACGCAUCCUGGAGAAGAACCACACCAGAGGAAACAGAGCGAGCUGCCUUGCUGACACAGUGAUGGAUAAAGGAGCUGCUGCCUGGAAGAAGAUGAUCCACCACCUUCAGGCUGUUGAUGCUCCACUGUCCUCCAAGCUGGGCUUGUCCUCUGGUCCAUUUGUUCAGCAAGGUCCAGUAAUCGCCAUCCAUGCCCCGGAUGGCUGCUCAACAGAACCCAAUCCAGAACCAGAAUCUGAGCCUGGUGGCGUUAAAAGUCUGCUAAGUUUAAUGCCUUUUAAAGGAUGCUCGACUAGUCUAACUGAUUUAAUUUCUUUGAAAGGCUCUUCAACCAAUCUAAAAGUUGAAGAGAGUAAAGAUGACAGCUGGCAGGACAUCUGCCCAGAAGGGGACAGCGAUGCUGGCAUCAAGCAGUGGUUGAAGGAUGAACUGGAAAAUCUGGACAGCAAGGAGAUGAAGUACUUCCACUGGUACCUUCACACCGCGGACUAUUCCAAGGACGGCUUCAAGCCGAUCAAGAAGAGCCGCCUGGAGCACGCAAACAUACUGGACACGGUGGACCUGAUGGUUCAGAUAUACACCAACAAGAGCAAGACGGUGGCAGAGAAGAUUUUCAAGAAGAUGCAUAAAAAUAAAGGAGAUGGUUGUAAAGAUUGGCUACUGGAUAUUCUGGAGGAGUUGGAUGACAGGGCGAUGAAGUACUUCCACUGGUACCUUCAAGCCGGAGACAAGUCCAAGGACGGCUUCAAACCGAUCAAGAAGAGCCACCUGGAGGGCGCAGACCGGCUGGACAUGGUGGAGCUGAUGGUUCAGACCUACGCCACUAAAACCAGGGAGGUCACCAGGAAGAUUCUGGAGAAGAUUGAGAAGAAUAAAGACACUGUUGUUCCUGAAGUUGAAGAACAGAGUACUCCAACUUCUACAGCUGCUGCAGAAGAGAAAGUGCUCACCAGGAUGCUCAAUGACUUUGUGAAGAAGGUACCAAAAGAAACGUUGUCACAGCUCAUGGAGUCUCUGAUGACUGCAAACACCCUGAAGUCUUCAGAGAAGGAGACAAUCCUCCAGAACCACACCAGAGUCAACAUGGCCAGCUGCUUCGUUGACAUUGUGAUGGAGAAGGGAACCGACGCCUCCAAGGAGCUGAUGAACCGUCUUCAAACCAUCAACCCUCACCUGUCCUCUGAGCUGCGCUCACCGUCUAACCCAGAUAACAAGGUCAAGAAAAGUUUCUUCAGUGGAAUAAGGUUGAAAAGGUUGAUAUCCGAGCAACAGGAGGAAUCCUGGCACCAGAUUUGUCCUCCAUGGGACACAGACGCUAAGUUGAAGCAUUGGCUGAAGGACUCGCUGGAAAAUUUACGGAACAAGGAGGUGAAGUAUUUCCGCUGGUACCUGCGGACCGCAGAUGAGUCCAAAGACGGCUUCAAACCAAUGAAAGGUUGCCGCCUGAAGUAUGCAGAGAGACUGGACAUAUUGGACCUGCUGCUGCAGAUGUACCCUGAGAAGGUCAAACUGGUCACAGAGAAGAUCCUGGAGAAGAUCAGUAGCAAUAAAGCACAGCACUGGAUUCUGGACUUUUUCGAAGAGUUGGGCGACAAAGAGCUGAAGUACUGCCAGAUGUUGCUGCAGAGCACCGACAAGCUAAAGGGCGGCAUCAGAUCCCUGAAAAGAGCUCCUGUAGAGGACGGAGGGAAGGUGGACGCAGCAGAUGUGAUGAUGAAGAUGUACAGCUCCGACACCAGAGAGGAAGUCGAGAAAGUUCUGAACGAGCUCAAAGACAGUACAGAUGAUGUUUUAUCUGAUGACGAUCAGCUGAGUAAUCCAUCUUCUUCAAGUGCUGCAGCAGUAGAAAAAAGAACGAAGAACAUGCUCCUUGACUUGAUCAGGAAGGUGUCCAAGGAAACCCUGGAGCAGGUGGUGGAGGCGCUGGUAGCCGAUAAGGUGCUGAGCGCCUCAGACAGAAAGUCCAUUUUGGAGAAGAACCGAACCAGAGUGAACAAGGCCAGCUGCCUGGUGGACAUGGUUUAUGAGAGAGGAGCUGAAGACUGCCAGAAAGUGAUCCUUCAGGUCCAACGCAUCGACCCGGCGCUGCACUCUGACCUCAAGCUCUCCCAGCAAGUUCUGUUCAAACGUCUUCGCUCCAAGAUGAAGGACAACGGGAAAACCAAAGGAGAGGAAGAGGAGGAGGAGGAGGAGGAAGCAGAAGAAUGUGAAAAGCUUCUUCCUGCGAAGUCGACAUUCAGGUUUCAGAGACCGAGCGGCUCAGUCCAAGUCUGCUGCAGCACGGAGCGGCUCCGGGUUCUACUGGGCCGACUGGAGGACGUACUGGUGGAUGUACUGGGAGGACAGCUCACCACUGAGAACUUCAGGAUCACGGAUCUCAGGAUGGCGGCGAAGAGUAAGAAGCAACCAGCAGGACGUCAACCCAGCAAACCGGCCGCCAAGAACUCCUCAGCUCGUCCCUGCUGGUGUUGUCCUUUUCAGCGAGCAGAACUUCAUGAACCUGAACGGAUCCAGUCACCUGGACCUCAGAGUGAAGCUAAAGCUAAAGUAGCCAACACGGCGUCGCUCCUUCAGGGUUUUGUUCAAAAGAUCUGGAGUGAAGACCAGGCAGACUUCUGGCCCUCGGUUUGUCCUCCUGGGGAUAAAAAUGCUGAGUCGAAGCUUUGGCUGAAGAAGACUUUGGAAAAGUUAAACGAUAGAGAGCUGAGAUAUUUCCACUGGUUCCUGCAAACUGCAGACGACUUUAAACCAAUCAGAAGGAGUCGCCUGCAGCAUGCUGACAGACUGGACACAGUCGACCUGAUGCUCCAGACGUAUCCAAAAAAUUACCAAAAGGUCACCCAGAAGAUUAUGGAGAAGGUCAACAGUCGUACGAAACAUGAGGUUCAUAACUGGGUUCUGGGCUCUCUGGACAAUCUGGACGACAAACAGCUGAAGUACUUCCACUGGUUCCUCCAAACGGCAGACGAGUCCAAGGACGGCUUCAACCGAAUCCAGAAGAAAGACCUGGAGGACGCAGACCGGCUGGACACAACGGACCUGAUGGUUCAGACGUACGCCACAAACACCAAGGAGGUCACAGAGAAGAUCCUGAAGAAGAUCAAGAACAACAAAGGCAAAGACAUACCAGGAGCUGAGGAGCAGAUGAAGCCGUCUUCUCCAGCUGAAGCAGAAAAGAAAGAAGUCUCCAAGGUUCUGGAGGAGUUUGUUAAGAAAGCUCCAAAUGAAACCCUGACCCGGCUGUCAGAGGCUCUAGCAGCGGACGGUGUGUUGAAGUCCUCUGAGAAGCAACGCAUCCUGGAGAAGAACCACACCAGAGGAAACAGAGCGAGCUGCCUUGCUGACACAGUGAUGGAUAAAGGAGCUGCUGCCUGGAAGAAGAUGAUCCACCACCUUCAGGCUGUUGAUGCUCCACUGUCCUCCAAGCUGGGCUUGUCCUCUGGUCCAUUUGUUCAGCAAGUUCAAAGUUCACAGGAACCCAAAACCAAACCAGUAUCAGAACCAGGACUUGUUUGUAAACCGGCCAUUCAACAACUCUUUUCUCUAAAAUCUUACCACAAACCCGUCGAUGACGAGAAGGACGUCUGGCAGCAGAUCUGUCCUGAAGGGGACAACGAUUCUGACAUCAAGCAGUGGUUGAAGGAGCAUCUGGAAGAUCUGGACAGCAGGGAGAUGAAGUACUUCCACUGGUACCUUCACACCGCGGACAAGUCCAAGGACGGCUUCAAGCCGAUCAAGAAGAGCCGCCUGGAGCACGCAAACAGACUGGACACGGUGGACCUGAUGGUUCAGACAUACACCAACACCACCAAGAUGGUGGCACAGAAGAUCUUCAAGAAGAUCAAUAAAAACAAAGGAGAUGACUGUAAAGAUUGGCUUCUGGACACUUUGUUAGAGUUGGACGACAAGGAGAUGAAGUACUUCCACUGGUACCUUCAAACCGCAGACAAGUCCAAAGACGGCUUCAAACCAAUCAAAAAGGGUCAACUGGAGGACGCAGACCGGCUGGACACGGUGGACCUGAUGGUUCAGACCUACGCCUCAAACACCAAGACGGUCACAGAGAAGAUCCUGGAGAAAAUCAAUAACAAUAAAGACAAAGGUCUCUCUGAGGUGGAGGAGCAGAUUAAUCUAACAUCUCCAAAUGAAGAGAAAGUACUCACCAGGAUGCUCAAUGACUUUGUGGAGAAGGUACCAAAAGAAACGUUGUCACAGCUCAUGGAGGCUCUGAUGACUGCAAACACCCUGAAGUCUUCAGAGAAGGAGACAAUCCUUCAGAACCACACCAGAGUCAACAUGGCCAGCUGCUUCGUUGACAUUGUGAUGGAGAAGGGAACCGACGCCUCCAAGGAGCUGAUGAACCGUCUUCAAACCAUCAACCCUCACCUGUCCUCUGAGCUGCGCUCACCGUCUACCCCAGGUCAAAAGUCUUUUAUAAAGCUCUUCACUAGUAAGAAAACGAGGGAGAUGACGAAGGAACAGGAGGAAUGCUGGCGCCAGAUCUGCCCUCCAGGAGAUAAAGAUGCUGAUUUGAAGCGUUGGUUGAAGAAAACUCUGGAGGAUCUGAAGAACAGGGAGGUGAAGUAUUUCCACUGGUACCUGCGGAUUGCAGACGAGUCCAAAGACGGUUUCCAACCAAUCAAAAGGUACCGUCUGAAGCACGCGGACAGACUGGACACGUUGGACCUGUUGGUGCAGAUGUACCCUGGAAAGGUGAAAGAGGUCACAGAGAAGAUCCUGGAGAAGAUCAGGACCAACACGGCGCAGCACUGGAUCCUGGAAAUGUUUGUGGACAUGGGAGACCAGGACCUUAAAUACUGCCAGAUGUUACUGCAGGGCGCCGACAAGCUGAAGCGCACCUCCCUGAAGAGGGUUCCUCCGUCAGGGGGACAGGAAGUGGACGCCAUGAACCUGAUGAUGCAGAUGUACAACUCAGAGCACAGAGAGGCGCUAGAGAGAGCUCUGAAUGAAAUCCAGGAGUCUUCAGAACUGCCUGAAGACGAAGACCAGGACAACCCAACUUCUCCAACGGCUCUACGAGCAAAGAAAAUGAAGAGCAUGCUGCUUGACUUUAUCAAGAAAGUGUCCAAUAAAACCUUGGAGCAGCUUCUGAAGGACCUGGUAGUGGACAAGGUGCUCACCGCCUCAGAGAGACAAUCAGUGGUGGAGAAGAACCACACCAGAGUGAACAAGGCCAGCGGCCUGGUGGAGAUCCUGAAGGAGAAAGGACCAGAAGCCUGUCAGAAGAUGAUCAGCCAUGUUGAAACAACGGAUCCUCCACUUUACGCCAAACUGGGUUCUUCCCAGAGCCCCAAUUUCCAACAAGAGCUGCUCCAGAUGCUGUCCUUCAACCUGAAGGAGGAUGAAGGACCAGAGGAAGAGGAAGAGGAAGAGGACAAAUAAACAGGACAUGGGAUUGGUCACGUUGAGGAGCAACUGAAGAUUCAACUUCCUGUUUCUAGAGCUGAUGGUUUCCUGUUUUGUCCACCACUGUUCAGUUUUCCACGUUGGACUUCAGCUUCAAUAAAAACCUUUAAUUAUAA